GUAUCAAAGCUCAAACGUCUGAGGAGGAAUAAUCUACUCACAGGAUUUGCUCUUCUUGGUGGUGUCCUCAGCAUAUACGCGUAUUCAAUUGUUGCUGUAAAGCAAGAGAAAUUCCUUGAUGAAGUGGAUGACUCAAAGUAACAAUUAGAAGAUGUCAACUGUUCCUUUAAUUUCUCGUCUCCCUCCCCUCCCUGCUGUACGCGACCUCCUAAAUUUGUACCAUCUUCAAGCAGUGAAACAAUUGUCGCAGAACUUUUUGAUAGAUCCCAAGUUAACAAGUAAACUAGUAUCAGCUGCUGGCAAGAUCACCAACGGUUAUGUGUGUGAAGUGGGUCCGGGUGCCGGCUCCCUCACCAGAGUUAUUUUAUCACGAAAUGUCAACAAAUUAGUUGUCGUCGAGAAGGAUAAACGAUUUCAGCCGCCUUUGGAGAUGUUGGCUGAAGCCAGUGGUGAUAGGAUGUCAAUCGUGUGGGGUGACGUUCUUAGUCACAACUUGACAAAUGCCUUUCCAGAAGAAUCCAAACGUGAUUGGAACGAUCAACCUCCCAACAUUCAUAUCAUCGGCAACUUACCCUUCAACAUUGCCACACCUCUCAUAAUUAGAUGGUUGAAAGCAAUUUCAGAACGAUCAAAUGCCUGGGUUCACGGAAGAGUACCCAUGACUCUUACUUUCCAGAAAGAAGUAGCUGAGAGGAUGGUGGCAAAAAUUGGAUCUCGAGAACGCUGCAGACUGUCAGUUAUGGUUCAACAUCUCUGCUAUGUCGAACACAAAUUCACGAUUCCUGGUAAAGCCUUUGUUCCAAAGCCGAAUGUCGAUGUUGGUGUGGUGCAUUUCACUCCUCUCGCUACCCCCAAGAUCCAAGCUCCCUUCAAACUGGUUGAAAAAGUCGCCCGCAACACCUUCUCGUUUCGACAGAAAUAUUGCCGACGUGGUCUGGAGACGCUGUUUCCUAGUUCCAUGAGAGAUGAGCAGACCCACAAACUUCUUCAACUGGCCGACGUUGAUGGAACAUUGAGACCCUUUGAGCUGAGCAUCGAAGAGUUCAAUCGCAUCUGUCAGGCAUACUCCAUAAUCCUCGAGAAAUAUCCAUCUCUUGAGCGAUAUGAUUCGCGGUCCGAAGAUGGUUUUGACGAUACUUUGUUACAUUGAUUUAUGAUGGUACAAUCUUUUGGAGGUUUCAAUUAGCAAAAACAUUAAUAUAGUCAUUUAGUUGA